AGAGACCGGAUGAUGGAUCAUGGAGCAGGGAGCAACACAGAGAACCAAGUGGACAGGGUAACUGAAUUCAUUGGGCAUUGGACAGGGUAACUGCAUUCAUUGGGCCAUUGGACAGGGUAACUGCAUUCAUUGGGCCAUUGGACAGGGUAACUGCAUUCAUUGGGCCAUUGGACAGGGUAACUGCAUUCAUUGGGCCAUUAGACAGGGUAACUGCAUUCAUUGGGCCAUUGGACAGGGUAACUGCAUUCAUUGGGCCAUUGGACAGGGUAACUGCAUUCAUUGGGCCAUUGGACAGGGUAACUGCAUUCAUUGGGCCAUUAGACAGGGUAACUGCAUUCAUUGGGCCAUUGGACAGGGUAACUGCAUUCAUUGGGCCAUUAGACAGGGUAACUGCAUUCAUUGGGCCAUUGGACAGGGUAACUGCAUUCAUUGGGCCAUUGGACAGGGUAACUGCAUUCAUUGGGCCAUUAGACAGGGUAACUGCAUUCAUUGGGCCAUUGGACAGGGUAACUGCAUUCAUUGGGCCAUUGGACAGGGUAACUGCAUUCAUUGGGCCAUUGGACAGGGUAACUGCAUUCAUUGGGCCAUUAGACAGGGUAACUGCAUUAAUUGGGCCAUUGGACAGGGUAACUGCAUUCAUUGGGCCAUUGGACAGGGUAACUGCAUUCAUUGGGCCAUUGGACAGGGUAACUGCAUUCAUUGGGCCAUUGGACAGGGUAACUGCAUUCAUUGGGCCAUUGGACAGGGUAACUGCAUUCAUUGGGCCAUUGGACAGGGUAACUGCAUUCAUGGGCCAUUGACAGGGUAACUGCAUUCAUUGGGCCAUUGGACAGGGUAACUGCAUUCAUUGGGCCAUUAGACAGGGUAACUGCAUUCAUUGGGCCAUUUUACUUCCGUUCAAAACAGGGGCGCUGUCCCAAAUGGCACCCUAUUCCCUAUAUAGUGCACUACUUUUGAACAGGGGCCCGUAAAGCUCUGGUUAAAAGUAGUGCACUAUGUAGGGAAUAGGGUGGCUUAGGCUACUUUGUUUCCAAACAGUGUUAUACUGGCCAUGGUGUUGAACCUUCAUUUGAUAACAUUUGCUUUGCAAAUAUAUAUUUUUAUUGGGCAUACAAUUGUUGACAUACUGUAAGUAACUACAAAUAUAUCCUUUCUUUUGUUUGCAAUUAUAACUAUUGUCUUUGUACCUUCUAUCUAGGAAACACCACAUACGGCAAUAAUGCCAUUCAGAAGCUUCCCAUUGGGAAUCAUCAGCACUUGGAAGAAGAGGAGAAUCAAGUCCCAAUAAUCCUCCUGGAGGAGCAGCUGGCAGAAGAUCAAGAGAAGCUUAGUGAACUGUGCCAGUCUCAGUCUGGGCGCCGUGGUGAGGAGGAGACCAGUGUCCUAGAGUUUGUAAUAAAGACUGAGAAGGAGGAAGAACAUUCCGGAUUCGGUCAGGCUGGAUGUCAGAGGAGCACAGUAAAGCAGCAGAACCCCCUGAGCUCUGAGUUUGUAAUGGAUGAAAGAGACAGUCAACUGUGGUCGUCUAUAGUUCAAGGGAACGAUGACAUAGUCAUAGAGACGGACUUUCCUGAUUUCUCUUAUGUAGCCGAGCAGUAUUCAGAGAGUUUUCCAGAUCACUCCGAGGCUCAGCCACAGCCACAGCCCCAGCCCCUCUCUAGCCCAGUGGAAGGCCCUAGUCAAUCAGCCAUCUCACCUUCACAGAGACCGUGCAAUGGAUCAAUGUACAACAAAGUCUUUCAGAAAGAGAAAGUAAGUGCAUCUCAGUCCGUGUCUAGUUCUUUUCAGUGCCGACCGCAGAUCAACCAUUCCCAGCAGCAGACCAGGCAGAGAGAUCAGGUGUUCUCCCAGAGGAAUAAUCACAUCCCACCGUCCAGGCCUCAAGACAAUGGACACACAGCAGAGCGGAGCUUUGGACUGGGUGACACUGACGGACCAACUGGGACUCGAUUGAACAAUAACACUUUUACACCA